UCAGCAUCUCUCGCCGCUCUGCUCCAUUUCUCCCCGUCCCCUGCUGCAUCGCAUCGCAUCACUGCCUCUCGCUUUCCUCUCUCUCGCCCUCCCUCCCUCCUGCGUCCCCGAGGCGCGCGGGCGACGGCGACGACGCGAACCCCGCCGCCGCCUAGGCAUAGUUGCUGAGCAUUUGGGUAGUCAGCUACAACUAUAUCUGGCCUACUGCUGUUUGAUUCUUGUUGAACUUUGGUCACUUAGUCGGAUAAAAGUGUUUGUUGGAUAUUCACGGGUCUAAAUUGUCAUCGCCUUGUGAUUAAGUAGCAUCAUUUCACAUACAACACUGGGAAAUGGAUCGUAGAGAUACUUCAGGGUUUGUUAGUGGAGGAUGCUAAGAUGUUGAAGCUUGCUAAUUACCCUAGAUUUUCUAACAUCGUAGCUUUUUUGACAAUUAUUUAACCCGGAAGUGAGGGCAGCUGGUACUUCCUCAUAAGUUUGGUCGACUCUAGGAGCAAUGGAACCCAGACAUGGGCAUUCAGCAUUCACCAUAAGUUUCCCAAAUCCAAAUGGCUUUGUGAAUCAGUGUGCUGCUGUCAUUCCAGCAGCCAGUCAUCCUGCAGCUGGUUCUAGCCAACCUGAUGUGCUAGCUCCUAGAGGCUACAAGAGAAAGUCGACUGAAUUGGCUCUAGGUCUGGGUGACUCAUCAAGCUCAGAUAGCAGCAGGCAGAGCAUGGGUACUGGUUGCACUGUUUCUUCUGCCAGGGGAAGUGAUGAUGGCUCGUGUAUGGACUAUGAUAUAUUUAAGUUAUCUCUUGGCAAUGAAGGUACUUCCAAGCUGCAUAAACAGGCUUGUGAUUCCAGGAGGCCUUUUGAGAAGCCUGGGUUGGAUCUUAAGUUAUCAUUGGCGCCAUCUCAAUCUGGUGUCACUGAUGUAGACCUAAUUAGAACCACUGCACUUCAGGAGACUUUUGUGCAGCCACAUAUUAUGGCUUUAGUGCCAACAGUUGAUGAAGGAUCUACAUCUGCUCGACGUCCACAUGGAGGCAUGGUGCUUUCUUUCCUUAACCAGGCUGACCGAUUCUCAGGGGUUUCUUUGAGCCAAGCAUUUCCAGUGAGCUCUAAUCAGGUUCAAGCUCCAGCUCCUCCAACACCAACAGUGCUCCAACUGCCGAAAAGUCCAGCAGCCUGCUCUUCCGGGUUUGUCCAUUCACAGCAGCGCAGCAGUAGCACAAAAGUUUGUUCAUACUCAGGAUGUGUAAAAGGGGCCAGAGGUUCCUCAGGGCGAUGCAUCGCUCACGGUGGGGGUAGAAGGUGCCAAAAGGAUGGCUGCAACAAAGGAGCGGAGGGCAAGACCAUCUUCUGUAAAGCCCAUGGAGGGGGGAGGCGCUGUGACUACCUUGGAUGCACCAAGAGUGCUGAAGGCCGUACUGAUUACUGCAUAGCCCAUGGCGGUGGUCGGCGUUGCAGUCAAGAAGGAUGCAAAAGAGCAGCACGAGGGAAAUCUGGCCGCUGUAUCAAGCAUGGUGGCGGUAAGAGGUGCCAAAAGCUAAACUGUACAAAGAGCGCAGAAGGGCGGUCAGGCAUGUGCAUUGCUCACGGAGGUGGGCGCCGAUGUCAGCAUACUGAUUGUGGCAAGGGAGCUCAGGGCAGCACUAAUUUCUGCAAAGCUCACGGUGGUGGCAAGAGAUGCACACACCCUGAUUGUUCCAAGGGAGCGGAAGGAAGUACACCAUUCUGCAAGAACCAUGGAGGUGGCAAACGCUGUUCAGCUGAAGGUUGCACCAAGAGCGUGCAUGGUGGGACCCAAUUCUGUGUUGCGCAUGGAGGUGGGAAGCGCUGCAUUGUAGAAGGAUGCAGGAAGAGUGCAAGAGGCCGCACCGACCGCUGUGUUGGUCACGGUGGGGGCAAGCGAUGCCAGUCCACCGGCUGUGGGAAGAGUGCGCAGGGAAGCACUGACUUCUGUAAAGCGCACGGUGGAGGCAGACGCUGCUUGUGGGGGCAACCAGGUUCAGACCUGGGAUCUGGUGGCGCUCCUUGUGACCGCCUUGCAAGAGGCAAAAGGUGCCUGUGUGACCAGCACAACGCCCUGGUGGACGACAACAGCGUCCACGGGGGUGCCUCAUUUGGUGUUUUCAGUAUGGUAAGCGACGCCCUUUCUCACGGAGCUAGUCCUCCAAGCGCUGGAACAAGCAUGCACAGCUUCUUCAUGCACCCCGUGGAGGCUCCUCGGCGGGCACCAGCCUCAGCCCAUGAGGGCCGGGUGCAUGGUGGUAACUUCAUGCCCAUGCUUGAUGGCGGCGUGAGCCUAGGAAAGAAGCCCACCAACAAUGUUGAUGCUGGUUCUAGUACCUCCGCAGCUCGCAGCUGGAAAUCAUCAGGUGACAUUGAAAAGCCUAGCAGCUCAGCACGGCGCAGCUGGCUGUAAUGCCAGAGUUCCUUCUCCGCCAGCCCUCCAUCUUGGUUUGCUCCAUUUCGUCUUGAAAGUAUCUCCCAUGUCCUCUGGUGUGAAAUAUAUGAAUGGUGUAUUGUCUGGUUUGCUCAGCACGACUAUUGUGUGAAAUUGUCUGUAUGGUGAUUGGUCAGGAGUCAGGGCUUCCUUGUUUGUCGUAUGUGCGUUGUAACAGUGGUAUGGUCGUGUGUGCUCUAUAAUAGUCGUGUUGUCCAUUUCAAAAAAAAAUAAUAGUCGUGUUGUAUGAUAUAAAUAAAGGAUGAAGGUUGAAUAAAUAUAAGCUAAUUGUGAAUUACAGGUAGUCUUUUUUGA